AGAGCUUUAACCAGCCUGUAGUAGCCUGUUUUUUUUGGUACUUGUAAGAGUUCAGCUGGGUGGAAGCACAAGCAAAGAAGGGGAUCCAAUGGCGGCCUUUCCCGAAGGAAAAUCUGAAGAAAGGAAACAUAAGAGCAUCCCAAAUGGUUCUGGAGCAUCUCAAGGCCAAUGGGGAAGAGCCUGGGAAGUAGACUGGUUUUCCUUGGCCAGCGUCCUCUUCCUGCUUACAUUUUCUCCACUCAUCGUAUAUUACUUUAUAAUGUCAUGUGAUCAGUACCAUUGCUCUCUGACGGACCCCGUCGUUGAUGUGCUCAUGGGUAAUUCCCAUCUCUCCGACAUCUGGAACAAGACACCUUCCCUGAGCUGGAAAGCUGCUAACAUCUAUAUAUGUUGGGUCACUUUCCAGGUGAUGUUAUAUAUAUUAGUUCCUGAUUUCUGCCACAAGUUUCUACCUGGAUAUGUAGGAGGAGUACAAGAAGGUGCUCUGACUCCUGCUGGCACAGUAAAUAAAUAUGAAAUCAAUGGACUUCAAGCCUGGAUCAUUACCCAUGCUCUCUGGUUUGCAAAUGCUUACUACUUCCACUGGUUCUCACCCACCAUCAUUUUUGACAACUGGAUUCCUCUCCUGUGGUGUGCUAAUAUUCUGGGAUACUCAGUUUCCACAUUUGCCAUGAUUAAAAGCUACCUUUUCCCCAGUAACCCCAAAGAUUGCAAAUUCACCGGCAAUUUAUUUUAUGACUAUAUGAUGGGGAUUGAAUUUAACCCUCGAAUAGGGAAGUGGUUUGAUUUCAAGCUGUUCUUCAAUGGCCGGCCUGGUAUUGUAGCCUGGACUCUAAUUAACCUCUCCUAUGCUGCCAAGCAACAGGAACUGUAUGGUCAGGUGACCAACUCGAUGAUCCUUGUCAAUGUCCUACAGGGUAUUUAUGUAUUGGACUUCUUCUGGAAUGAAGCUUGGUAUUUGAAAACUAUUGAUAUCUGCCAUGAUCAUUUUGGAUGGUACCUGGGCUGGGGAGACUGCGUUUGGCUGCCUUACCUCUACACUCUGCAGGGUUUAUAUUUAGUUUACCAUCCUGUUCAGCUCGCAACAGCUAAUGCAGUUGGGAUCCUGCUGUUGGGGCUGGUUGGCUAUUAUAUCUUCAGGAUGACCAACCACCAAAAAGAUCUCUUCCGUCGCACAGAUGGGAACUGCAAAAUCUGGGGUAAGAAGCCAGAAUAUAUUGAAUGCUCCUACACGUCAGUGGAUGGGACCAAAUACUACAGCAAGCUGAUGAUUUCAGGAUUCUGGGGAGUGGCGCGCCAUUUUAACUACACAGGUGACCUGAUGGGCUCCCUGGCAUACUGCCUGACUUGUGGCUUUGGGCACAUCCUGCCUUAUUUCUACAUCAUUUACAUGACCAUUUUGCUGACCCACCGCUGCAUCAGGGAUGAACACCGUUGCUCCAGCAAAUACGGCAAGGACUGGAAGCGCUACACUACUGCAGUUCCUUACCGACUAAUACCAGGAGUAUUUUAAGACUGAGAGUUCCAGACAAAACAUACCCCUUUUUGAGGACAGCGGUGUUCACACACUCUGCUUGACACCAGCAAAAAUUAUUUCCCGUUUUCUGUAGAACAUCUUGUGGGGGAGAAAGCAUGGUUUGAAUAAUAACUCUUCACCUUCUAAUGUAACACAUUCCCCGUAGCUAUUUAGCACAUUGCAGCACUAAAAUGGCCAGCUCUCCACAAAACCGAAAUUAAAGAUUGAAGAACUUUUGUUAUAAUCUA